AUGGAGAAGAACGAGAAAAUCGAGAAGGCCGACGAGAUCGAGAAGGUCGACGAGAUCGAAAAGGCCAAGAAGGACGAAGACGAGGAGGCUCAGAGGAUCAAAAAUGAAGAGUAUCUCAACAGGUUAGAGAAGAACAACGUGGAGCUGAGGGCUCAGAGAUUGGCGAAGAAUCCUGAAUACUAUACGAGAAUGGCCGAAAAUAUCGAGGAUUUUGUCAUGAAGACCGAAGACUUUGCUCAUCCGGAGAAGGUUUAUCCCGGACUGAUUUAUGCAAAAAACCGCUAUCCCCCGGAAUGGGCUAUAGAAAGCCGCAAAAAUCUCGACGAUGUAAAAGGCUAUCUGUUAAAUGCCUACGACCAGGUGGUUCAUCAUGAGUUGUGCUGGUUUUGCGGCUUGACUGCUUACGAGCAAGCUUUUACCUCAUACGCACCCAGACUCAAAAUCCUCCAUACAAAUUCCAACACGGGUUUAUGGGCGUUAGGUUCAAAAUGGCUCAUCAAAGACGCUCCGAAUGAUGGUUACUCUGCAGGGAAUGACUAUAUGACGCAGAAAUUUCUGCGUGACCAGCUUGGUCCAGGCUCAGAUAUUCCACUUCUCAGGCACAUACAGCUGAUUCAUGAACCUGAAGAGAAAACCUAUCUCUAUCUAAUGAGUCGUGCCGAAGGCGCGCCGCUCCAUAAGUUGUGGCCUACUCUUUCUCAAAAGAUGCAAAGUAGUGUGACGGAGCAACUCCUCCAGUUCAUACAAAAGAUCAGGACAUUCACAGCGCCAGCCCCUUACAACGUUGAAGGAGGAAAACUCCACGACUGGAUCCUCGGUAAUUGCAAUGUUCCGAGGCCUAAAUGUAAAAUGAUCGGAUCCUCGACUGACGAGUGGUUUGGGAACAUCGAGGAGGAACUGCGGGAAGGUUUAGCAUUCGUCCACAUGACCCGGGAUUCUGCUAUCAUCGACAGGGAAUUUCAAGCGCUCAAGGACAACUUUCCAAAACCAGAGCCCUAUGUUCUUACGCAUGGAGACCUUGAUACGAGUAACAUCAUAGUGAAGGACGGCAAGAUUACCGCACUCAUCGAUUGGGAGCAUGCUGGGUACUUUCCCUGGUGGGCGGAACGGUACUUUGUUAUUUAUGCGGGGAGGUUUAGUCCUUAUAGAGAGGCUGUCAUGCCAAUUUUCGACCGCCUAGAACCAACCAUGAGCGCGGACAAAUUCGAAGAAUUGGUGGUCAAUCCAAUCAAGAAAGUUCAAGAUGCAUGGAGCGCGUGCCAGAUAAAGCACCCUACUAACAAUGACGCGUGGUUACGUCCAGCCUUCUCGAAAUGCCAACCUUGGGCAGGAGGGUUCAUGGUUGGAUUCUCUGGUGGUUAUCCAGAGAGAGAGAAGCAUGUGAUCGAGCCUCGAGGGCCUUACGAUCCAGCAAUGUAUCCCUUGCGUCACAUGAAGCUUGCUUGGCCGUUGAAGAACUAG